AUGUGAAAGCAUUGAGUAGCAUUGAAUAGUCGUCAACUUUGAUGGUUAAUAAGUCUAUUCCACGGAUUCCACCGUUCGCGACACUUUUUUCUUAUCAAAGUUUUAUUUCUACGCGAAAAACGUAUCGAUUCAAUGUAUUUUUAUGCCACUUCGAGGUUGACGGGGUCUUCUGUACAUUGUAACACUUACCAAGAAAUUUUUUCCAAUGUGUCAAAUCCAACGAAAAGACAAAGUAUUCUACCACACUUCCGUCAAAACUUUCUCUCCAUACGUCAAGCUCGUCAGCCCGAGCCAACACGACAGUUUUAUACAGAUUAUGCAUUAAUUCAUUGAUCGGUAUCACCGACAAACACCUGCUGGCUAGAUUAAUCCUGGAAGGAUUAAUAAUGCGGCUGUCCCAAGAGCAGAUGACACGCGACCCAUGUGCUUUUUUGUACAGUAAAGAAUUGCGAUAUUAAUCGUUGCCGUUUGCAAAAACGAAAAAUGUUUGUCAGAGAUCCCUGUGGUAUCUUAUGUAUUAUCAGCACCUAUGUGGCAGUAUUCUACGCUGACUAUGUAGUGGUAGGAUGGACGGUGUUGCUCACUAUGCAAGAUAGUUCAUGGUGUUUGUUCCAUAUAAUAGCAUUUAAUACUGUUGUACUUCUGAUGAUGACGGCACAUUUAAAAGCUGUCUGCAGUGAUCCUGGUAUAGUACCUUUACCACAAAAUAAAAUGGACUUUUCUGAUAUUCAUCUCUCCAGCGAAAGCGACAAUCACGAAGGUGACGAGAAGGACGAUUGGACGGUAUGCACUAGAUGUGAAACAUAUAGGCCACCUAGAGCACACCAUUGUAGAAUUUGUAAACGCUGUGUCAGAAAGAUGGAUCAUCAUUGUCCAUGGAUCAAUAACUGCGUCGGCGAGAGGAAUCAAAAGUACUUCAUACAGUUUCUAGUAUACGUUGGUGCAUUAGCGAUCUAUACUAUUAUCUUAAUCAGUAUAUCUUGGAUUUACGACUGUCCACAGUGCAAUAAUGAUAUUUCAGUCAAACAGAGUCGCAUUCUUCAUAGUGUGAUGUUAGUUUUGGAGUCGGGGUUAUUUGGUAUGUUCGUUGUAGCAAUUUUAUUUGAUCAAUUUCAAGCGAUCCUAAAUGACGAAACUGCUGUGGAACGUGUGAAAGGUACACAGCAACGUAAGAAUGUAUCACGAAUAUUUAAGCUUUUGUCUCAGGUAUAUGGAAAGAGCCAUCCAAUAUUUUGGCUAUUACCUUACCAAAAUCCGCGUUACUCUUUCAGAAAGGACGCGUAUUUAAUUGAUUACGAAGUUUGAGAUGAUAUGUGAAAUGAGUGUAUUACAUGUCUGAACACAUAUAUUUUUUUAUA